ACGCGUCCCGGCGUUUCUCUCAAGUCUCUGGGGGGCCUUCUGCUCACAUGUACGUCUCCUUGAUCCUACGUGAUAAAAUGUCCCUUUUCUCAGCAUGGCUCAAAGUUAUCUUCAUCACCGCCUUGAUAUGUCCUCUUUACUCCGAAACUCUUCUUACACCACAAAGACGCAGUCGCAGAGACGACCUGGACUGUGAUGUAUUCAGAGAUCAACUAUAUAUAUGCACCAAGGAAUUGCGUCCACUCUGCGGAACAAAUGGGAAAACGUACCCCAAUAGAUGCAUUUUCUGCAGUGCCAUGUUAGAAAGUAACGAAGGCUUUGGAUUGGAGCAUCAUGGGCCGUGCCACUCUGCCUGAGCUGCACGCUCCGCGGCUUUCGUGCCGAUCCUGUUUUGCAGAGGAUUCUACGGCCAAUCCGAGACUUUUCCAUCAGGGCGUCCAAUUCCUAGGGGACUGGACAAAGCCUUCUGUUCGACACAAGAUGGAAUAUGGAGUGUUGAAAAUUGUCUCUCAGCUCUAAGAACUUAGACUGAUUUUCAUUCUCUGUUUGAUUA